AUGUCCGGCAGUGUGGAAAACGAAGAAGAAGUCACUUCAUCUGCCAAUCAGCAAUCAAACACGAGACCUGCUACAGAGACGAGCGUUGCUGCAUCUUCCGACUCGUCAAAGAAACCGAUUCCACAGCGAGCACCGAAGCAUGUUGGUCCAACCACCAAAGCGACUUGCAAUAGAAAAAGGUGGCCAACUGAGGAUCGAAAAGGAUGCUAUGAUUUGUCGAUCGCGCAUCUGAGGUAUAUGAGAUGGAACUCACUCUACUCUAUUGUGCCGGCAAUUUUUGCGGUGAUCGGAAUCAUUGCUACACUAUUCGUGGUUGGCGUUUACAUUAUGUACAAUGAGACUCCAGUGGUUAAAGCGUCCGGUAGAGAACUGAGUUACCUGCUGCUCAUCUCCAUGAUCAUGUGCUAUGCAAUGACGUUUGUGUUACUUUCCAAACCAAACGCGGCCACAAUGUCUGCACGGCGACCGCUCUUCAUUUCACCGCUCUCACAGGUGGUGCUGACAAGUAUGCUAGCUGGUGUGCAGCUGAUUAGUAGCUUGAUAUGGCUCCUUGUUGUGCCACCAGGUUCUCGUCACAACUACCCAUCUCGGGACCAAGUUGUUCUGACUUGUAACGUUCCCGAUCAUCACUUUUUGUAUUCUCUCGCCUACGAUGGCAUUCUUAUUAUCGCAUGUACUGUGUAUGCAGUUAAAACAAGGAAAGUGCCAGAAAAUUUUAAUGAGACGAAAUUCAUCGGUUUUUCCAUGUACACUACUUGCGUUGUCUGGUUAAGUUGGAUAUUUUUUUUCUUCGGAACUGGGAGCGACUUUCAGGUACAAAUUCAAACAACUUCAUUAUGCAUUUCCAUUUCAAUGUCAGCCAACGUUGCUUUGGUUUGCAUAUUUUCACCUAAGCUCUGGAUCAUUCUCUUCGAAAAACACAAAAAUGUUCGUAAACAAGAUGGUGACAUGCUAAACAAGAGGCGAGUGAUAUUCGAGCAUUUGGUUGAAAGAAUCAAGGAAAAUCUCUCGGAAACUGCACCACUCGUCUUUAUGGAUCCACAACCGAAGAACCGAAUCAAUACACAGCACUGCUUUCCAGUGAUCGGAAUCCUGUGA